AUGGACACCAAGAACGAAGCCCACAAUGACGUGCACCUGCCGGACGACGCGCACAUGGCCGACGUGUCCGCCGAGGCCCAGGCCGCGACUGCCAAGGAGCACUCGAUGACGCUGUGGCGCGGCAUCAAAACGUACCCGCACGCCAUUGGCUGGUCGGUGCUGUUCUCGACCGCCAUCAUCAUGGAAGGCUACGAUGUUGUGCUGAUGGGCAGCUUCUUUGCGUACCCGGCCUUCAAGGACCGGUACGGUGACCUGCAGCCCGACGGCACGCGCGCUCUGUCGGCCGCGUGGCAAGCAGGCCUGACCAACGGCAUGAACUGCGGCCAGAUCCUGGGCCUGAUGGCCACGGGCAUCGUGACCGAGCGCUUCGGCUACCGCAAGACCAUGCUGGCCGCGCUGUCGUCCGUCAUCGCCUUCAUUUUCAUCCUGUUUUUCGCGCCCAACAAGCCGGCCCUGAUCGCCGGCGAGAUCCUCAUGGGCAUCCCCCUGGGCGUGUUCCAGACCGUCACCGUCACGUACGCCUCCGAGGUGUGCCCCGUCGUGCUGCGCGCGUACCUGACCACCUACGUCAACCUCUGCUGGGUCAUUGGCCAGAUCGUUGGCUCGUCCGUGCUGCGCGGCCUGCUGUCGCGCACCGACGAGUGGGCCUACCGCAUCCCCUUUGCCGUCCAGUGGGUGUGGCCCGCGCCGCUGAUUGUGGCCGUCUCCCUCGCCCCCGAGAGCCCCUGGUGGCUUGUGCGCAAGGGCCGUCUCGCCGCGGCCACCGCGUCGCUGCGCCGCCUGGCCUCCGGCCCGGGCGACGACCUCACCGAGACCGUGUCCAUGAUGGUGCACACCACGGCGCUCGAGGCCCAGCUGUGCGAAGGCACAAGCUACUUGUCGUGCUUCUCCAGGGCCAACCUCCGUCGCACCGAGAUUUCGUGCCUGACCUGGGCCGUGCAGAACCUCUGUGGUGCCGGCCUCAUGGGCUACAGCACGUACUUUUACGAGAACGCCGGCCUGGCCACCGACAAGUCCUUUGACAUGUCGCUCGCGCAGUACGGCAUCGGCUUCUUCGGCACGCUCUUCAGUUGGGUGCUCAUGUCCCAUUUCGGCCGCCGCACCCUGUAUGUCGGUGGCCUCGUCACCCUCUGCGUCCUUCUCCUCAUUGUCGGCUUCAUCAGCCUCGCGCCCGGCGCCAGCACCAUCCUCGUCAACGCCGACGGCACUACGCAGAGCGCCAACGUCGCCACCGCCUGGGCCACGGGCUCCAUGCUGCUCGUCUACACGUUCAUCUACGAUUCCACCGUCGGCCCCGUCUGUUACAGUCUCGUUUCGGAAAUGCCAGCCACCCGCGUCCGCAACAAGACCAUUGUGCUCGCCCGCAACCUCUACAACAUCUUUAGCAUCGUGAAUGGCGUGGUCAUCCCUUACAUGCUCAACCCAACCGCUUGGCACUGGGCCGGCAAGGCCGGCUUCUUCUGGGGCGGCCUCUGCUUCUGUAGCACCGUAUGGGCGUAUUUCCGCCUGCCCGAGCCCCGCGGUCGCUCCUUUUCCGAGCUCGACGUGCUCUUUGAGAAGGGAAUCUCCGCACGCAAAUUUGCUUCCACGGACGUCGACGUCUUUGGUGAGGAGGCGCCCAAGGUCGCCGCGGUCGUGUACCACAAGGAGUAG